AUGCAAUGGGAAUUAUUGCCCAGCGAUGUUAACGAUUAUUCUCCAAGGACUGGACAUACAGUAAUAGCAUACAAAGAGUGCAUUUAUGUGUUUGGGGGAAUUGAUGAGCAAGAUCGAUAGAAUGACAUGUACAAAUAUCAUAAAGGUUGGACAAAACUCAAAUUGUCAGGUGAAAUUCCAUCAGCCAGAUCUGGAUCACUGGGGUGUGUCUAUGAGGAUCUGUUUUAUUUUUUUGGAGGCUAUACUUGGAAACAUGGAGAAUACUUUAAUGAUCUCUUUCGUUUCAAUCCUGCAAACAAUCAAUGGGAAAAAAUAACUCCAAAAACUUAACCACCUCCAGCCAGAGUGGAUCAUUCAUUUACCAUCUAAAAGAAUUUAUGUUUUAUUUUUGGAGGAUCCAAUGGUUAAAAACGAUUUAAUGAUUUGCAUGAACUGAAUCUCUGUACAUUCGAAUGGAGAGCUUUGAGUUAAGUAAGAUAACUGAGUGCUCGUCUCGGACAUACAAUAACCUCAUAUUAAAAUGAGCUCUACCUAUUUGGAGGAUGGGAUGGCAAUAAUACAUUGAAUGAUCUGUGGGUUUAUUCGAACAGUAAUGGCACCUUCCAAAUGGUUAAAUAAUAAAACCCACCUGCUGGAAGAUACCGACAUACAGCCAAUAUUUACAAGGGAUUUCUAUUCAUUUUUGGAGGAGUGGAUUAGAAUCAAGAAAGAUUUAAUGAUUUGUAAAGAUUUGAUUUCCAAACUUCAAUUUGGAGUAGAAUUGUUGUUUAGAAUCCCCCCUCUCCUCGUUCUUUCCAUAAAUGUGUUGUCUUGGGGAAUCACUUGUACUUGGUAGGGGGAUUCGACGGAUAAAGAAGAAAUGAUGUUCAUCGAAUCAACUUGGAUUCAGAGAAUGGCAGAUAGCAAAUUGAAUAAUUUAAAUAGGCUCCGCAUCUAAUGUGGAUCUAAUUGGAUCUUAAAGAUCGAUUCACACCCAGAACUGGACACACUGCUUGUGUACUUUAAAAUAAAAUCUAUCUGUUUGGAGGAGUGGAUCAAUCUGGUAAUAUCAAUAAUGACCUAAAUUGUUUUGAUGGCAAUUCCUGGUCUGUCAUUGUUACUUCAGGCUAAAUACCAUCAGCCAGAUCUGGAGCUAAAAUGGUUGCAGUUGAUGAUCAAUUAAUGUUGUUUGGAGGAUAUGUACAGACAUAAAGCCAAAUUUACUGUAAUGAUUUGUAUCGAUUCAAUGUUAAGAACAAUACUUUUGCUAUGGAAACUUAAUAAGGGGCCAACCCUGCAAAAAGAACUGACCAUUCCUUAGUUGAAUAUUGCAAUGGAAUCUACAUUUUUGGAGGCAAAGGGGAAAAUAAGCAAAUUUUCAACGACAUCUGGAAAUUUAAGGGUUAAUGGAUUGAAUUGGACCAUGAUUAAUAAAUAACUGGAAGAUUUGGUCAUACAGCUGUCUCGUAUUAAAAUUCAAUGUUCAUUUUUGGUGGUUGGGAUGGUACUAGUUGUUUGGAUGAAAUGUACGAAUACUCUUUUGUUACAAACACCUUUUAUGAAAUCAGAAGGUGCAGUGGACAAAAACCCAAGGCCAGAUAUCGACAUGAGGCUUUAGUUUACAAUUAAAACAUGUUUUUAUUUGGCGGAGUUGAUCAUUUAUAGAUUAGAUAUAAUGAUUUACACUAAUAUAAUUUUAAGAAGAGAGAAUGGAUUAAAAUUAAUACAUCUGGAAAUAUCCCUUCAGCUAGGACAUUUCAUAAAUUAGUUAAUUUAGAAAAUCAAUUCUUUCUACUAGGGGGUUAUGAUGGACAAAGAUUAAAUGACAUGUACACUAUCUUUGUUACUAAAACAGAAAAAAUCAAUUUUACUUAUCCUUAAGAGGAUUCAUCAAUUCUCCAAGAUGAAGAAGUUGUCACUCUCAAAGAAUAGGUUAAGGAAUUGACCAACAAAAUCCAAAGGGAAGAAGAAAAGCACCUUUGUAAAAUCUGUUUCAUUAGACAAAUUGAUAGUGUACUAAUGGAAUGCUGCCAUUUCAUUCUUUGCUUUAAUUGCACUGAAAAUCUUAAGAAUUGUCCUAUUUGUAGACAAGUAAUCACGAGAGUAAUUAAAACAAGCAUGUUUUGA